CCUGGUUGUCAGGGCCCGUGGACUGUCCUGCUCCCAGGAUGGCGGCUCUUGGUCUGUCCGCCGCUCCUGCUCUGUCCAUCCAGGAUCCCACCUCUUCUCAGGAGUCAGAAUUUCUUCCUCCUCCCUCACAAGACCAUUCCUGUCCCCGGAAUCCGGACCUGUUUGUUUGCAGUGGGCUGGAGCCACCCACACCACCCUCCGUCCGUUCCCAGGAGUCUGUGACUUUCCAAGACGUGGCCGUGGACUUCACGGAGAAGGAGUGGCCCUUGCUGGAUUCCUCCCAGAGGAAGCUGUACAUAGACGUGAUGUUGGAGAACUAUAGCAACCUCACUUCCCUGGGGUAUCAGGUUGGCAAACCCAGCCUCAUCUCACACCUGGAGCAAGAAGAGGAGCCGAGGACAGAGGAGGAGGAGGGGGAGGAGACUCGGCCAGAUGCUGAUUGGGAUACUGCGUUGAAACCCAAGUGGUCAGUUCUCAUCGAAGAUAUUUUUGGGAAGGAAACAGCCAAUGGUGUAACCAUGGAAAGAACUCCUCCGGGGGAGAAAUCCGCCCAGUACGUUCGCUUGUUGAAAGUGUUAAGCCUGGACGCUCAGCAGGUGGGAAGGCCUGCUACCAAGAGGCCCCAUCACCGGCGGGACUACGGGGCGGUUUUCAGGACCAGAUCACCCGUGGCCCAGCACGUGAGCGUGUACGACGGGAGAAAAAUGCACGAGUGUCACGAGUGCCAAAAGGCCUUCACCACGAGCGCCUCCCUCACGCGCCACAGGCGGAUCCACACGGGGGAGAAGCCUUACGAGUGCACCGACUGCGGCAAAGCUUUCAACGACCCCUCGGCCCUCCGGAGCCACGCGAGGACCCACCUCAAGGAGAAACCCUUCGACUGUGGUCAGUGCAGCAACGCCUUCCGGACCCUGUCGGCCCUGAAGAUACACAUGCGGGUGCACACGGGCGAGAGACCCUACAAGUGUGAACAGUGCGGGAAGGCUUACGGCAGGAGCUGCCACCUGAUCGCCCACAAGAGGACGCACACGGGAGAGAGGCCGUACGAGUGCACGCAGUGCGGCAAGGCCUUCCAGCAUCCCUCCCACCUCAAGGAACACAUCCGGAACCACACGGGGGAGAAGCCCUACGAGUGCACGCUGUGCGGCAAAGCCUUCCGGUGGAAGUCCAACUUCAACCUGCACAAGAAGAACCACACGGUGCCGAAGACGUACGAGUGCAAAGAGUGCGACAAGUCCUUCGGCGACCUCGUGGCCCGCAGGAAACACAUGAGGACCCACGUGGUCAAGAAACCCAUCGAGUGCAGGCAGUGUGGCAAGGCCUUCCGGAACCAGUCCAUCCUCAAGACCCACAUGAACUCUCACACGGGCGAGAAACCGUACGGCUGCGACCUGUGCGGGAAGGCCUUCAGCGCCAGCUCCAACCUCACCGCGCACCGCAAGAUCCACACCCAGGAGCGACGCUACGAGUGCGCGGCCUGCGGCAAGGUGUUCGGGGACUACCUGUCCCGCAGGAGGCACAUGAGCGUGCACCUGGUGAAGAAACGCGUGGAAUGCAGGCAGUGCGGGAAAGCCUUCCGCAACCAGUCGACCCUGAAGACGCACAUGAGGAGCCACACGGGCGAGAAGCCCUACGAGUGCGACCACUGUGGCAAGGCCUUCAGCAUCGGCUCCAACCUGAACGUGCACAGGAGGAUCCACACGGGCGAGAAGCCCUACGAGUGCCUGGCCUGCGGGAAGGCCUUCAGCGACCACUCAUCCCUCAGGAGUCACGUGAAGACCCACCGGGGGGAGAAGCUCUUCGUGGCGUCCACGUGGAAGCGGCUCCAGUGAAGCCCGCCUGCCCU